AUGUCGAUUUUCACUACGGUGCACGCCGCUGCCUGCCUGCUCAUCAUCAGAGCCUUGAGAGCUUUCCUGGCGGGUAUCGCUUCGCUUCUAGUUCUCGUCAUCUAUCGACUUUACCUCCAUCCGCUGUCAAAAGUCCCUGGACCACGACUUGGAGCAAUUUCUAACAUCUGGCAUGCCUAUCACGCUCGCAACGGACGCAUGCUCAAGCUGGGCAAGACUCUACACCAGCAGUACGGACCAGUUGUACGCGUUGGGCCUAACGAAGUUUGGCUGAACAGCAAAGAAGCGUUCACGAAAAUCUACGGUGCAACGCUGGGGUAUGAGAAGUCUGAUUUCUAUGUUGCGCUGGCAUUGCACAGGCCGCAGAUCACUUCGACGCUGGAGCUGGCGUUUCCGGAUACGUUGGAUCUGCUGGGAGAGUUCGAUAUGGAGCGAUAUCGAUUGCAGAGACGACUGAUUGGACCGAUCUAUCAGAAGCGGAACUCGCUUAAGCAUGAGAAGGCUAUUGAUGAUGUGUUGAUUAAGGCUGUCGAGCGGCUGAGAGAUCUGCAAGGGGCUGAGGUUGAUUUGAAGGAGUGGAUGCACGUCAUCACAGUCGAGUGCCUCACGGCCAUCGUUCUUUCCUGGUCACCUGGCUUCCUUCGAGAUGGCACUGAUCAUGGUUCUGGCAGCCACGCAUAUCUCAGCUGGCGACGCAAGAGUGUGUUCGGUCUGUUCCCAUGUGCUGAGGUCAUGGAUGCGUAUUCUCGAACACUUGGCCGGUUGUUCGCAAACGCUUGGGGAUUGUCAUUUAAGCUGCCACCGCACUUCAAGGCUCUGUUUCCAAUGCUUGGUAGCAAGACUUCAAAGCGAAUCGCUGUUGCGUUGAGGUCAAACUCGCCAAAGGACAAUCGACGGGAUCUAGCGUCGGAGCUGAUACGGCUACAUAAGGAGAAGCCGGAGUUUACGGCAGAUUACCUUAAGCGUAUGAUUAUGACGAACUUUGGUGCUGGUCAUGAGACGACGACAUCGACGUUGACAUCAGCUUUGGCGAUGAUCGGCUCGCAUGAAGAAGUACAAGAGAGAAACCGCUCCGAGCUUUCCAACAUGACCGAAGACGACGAAGUGAUAUCUUUCGCCGCAUACACAGAUCUGUCGUACACACAAGCAGCGAUCAAGGAGUCCCUACGCCUCCAUCCGGUCAUCGGAAUGAGUCUCUCCCGGAGAGUACCUCCCAGUGGUCUCCACCUUCACGGCCACUACUUGCCACCUGGCACGAACGUCGGCUGCAAUCCUAUCUCGCUACAUCGCAACCCAGAUAUCUUCGGAGACGAUGCUGAGCUGUUCAGACCGGAGCGCUGGCUGGACGAGUCUCGAGCUCGAGAGAUGGAGCGCUGUAAUCUGAUCUGGGGUGGUGGUGCGAGGACUUGUCCUGGAAGAAGCCUGGCGGAGAUGAUUGUGGGAAAGGUUGUGCCAACGCUCUUAAAAGAAUUUGAGAUUGAGAUCAAGAUGCCGGAGGAAGAGGAAGUGUGUUAUUACUUUAUGGCUAUGUUGACUGGGGUUAAAGUGAGGUUCCUGGCGCGAGGAGAAGGUGGAUGA